CAAAAUAUGCCAAAGGGCACAGACAGACUGUUUCGGCUCCAGAUACCGUACCGCACCAACAGGCCAUGGAACCCCCCACGUGGCGCAACGUCAUCAUCCCGCCCAGACCAGCAGGACCCUUAAUAGCACUACCCGCAAAACUUACGAUCUCCCCCCUUCUAAACCCAGCAGCCAUCAGCCAACAGUUUUGACUUUACCAUCUUCCUCUCUCUCUCUCUCUCUCUUUUUUUUUUUAAACUCAUUCCCAUAACCCUCAUAUAUUCACACACACACACGCACACACACAAUGGCCACCACCACCGCCCCUCCAGCCACAGCCUUCCCCUUCCCCCGCGAAUACUUCUUCCCCGCCUUCUUCACCCGCCAGCCCAACCUGACCAUCCACCACGCCCAGCUCACCAAAUGGUCCUCCCUCGUCCUCGCCUACGCGCGCCACCACCGCAUCUUCCGCCUCGCCCUCUCCGCCGCCGCCGAGUCGGACCUCUUCUUCAACCGCGCGCUCGACCGCCGCCUCGCGCCGCCCGACAUCCGCGAGGUCGUCGACUUUAUGCGCAAGGACGGCCGCGCGGAGUAUCUCCAGCCUGGGGAUGCGGGGAGCAGCAGCACCAGCAGCAAUAACGGCGGUGGCGAUGGUUCUUCUUCUUCUUUGGCGGCGGCGGCGGCUGGUGGUGGUGGGGAUGUGGUGCUGAUAUAUUGGCGCAAGCCGCAGGAGUGGGCUGCCCUGAUAGAGGCCUAUGUGGAUGAAACGGCGCAAAAGGGAAGCGUGUUGACCGUCUAUGAACUGACAGAGGGAGAAAACACGCGAGGGACAGAAUUCCACGGCAUGGAUAACGGCGUACUCAUGAAAGCAUUAAACAUCCUCGUCAAACGGGGCAAAGCCCAGAUCUUUGGCUCUGAAGACUCUCUUGGUGUCAAAUUCUUCUGAGGCGACACCCCCUCCAUCUCGAUUAACUAAAACAAGUACAAAGCGAAAUGCUGCAAAACUGCAGUCCGACAUAUUACCACCA